AUGGCAAACUCGGGAAUUCAACUUUUAGGAUUCGGCCUGUCACUCGUCGGUGUCAUUGCACUCAUCGUGGGGACCAUUCUGCCACAGUGGAAGAUGUCUGCGUACAUAGGAGACAACAUCAUAACGGCGGUUGCCAUGUACCAAGGACUAUGGAUGUCAUGCGCUUUCCAGAGCACAGGGCAGCUCCAAUGUAAAAUAUACGACUCGAUCCUGCAGCUCGACAGUAAGUAUAGAUGCUUUAAAGCGGCAAUCAGAAGUUGAAACAAUAAGAAAUCGCCCCUGUUGGUAAAAAGCUGAUGGAUGUGCCUGGAGAAAUACACCCACUCUCAAAUUCAUAGACAGAGCUAUGGAUACAAGGACUGACCAUCCAUGAUAUCAACAUUAUAGUUUUAACCAUGUUUCAAGGCUAUAUAGUGUUUGUUUACAUUUACUUUGUUUACAAACAUUGGAGGAAAACAAUCUUAUAUUUUCGGUUCUGAUGGGGUAGGACAGUUGAAGUAAGCUCAUGAGGCGUUUAUAAGUUAUAUUAUUCAAUAAUUAACGUGUACAUAUCAUUAAUUUAUAAUUCAAAAAAUUGAUGUAGCAACUGCAGAUUGCCCCUUUAAGCAAAAUAUUUAUUUUAUGACAUGCUCAUUUUUUCUUUCACUGUCUGUGACUGUAUGUGCAUACUGUGCAGCACUUUACUGUAUAUCCACUAUUAUCUAAUUAUCAAAGGAGGAUUUCCAUGAAGAUGGUGACUUCACUUGUGUCGGGAACUCCCCUUUACGGAGCAGUGCUUCCUCAAUACAGCACAUUGGUGCCACUGAUAAAGGUGUUGGCUCAGAGCUGUUAGUCAUUAAUUGCCCCUCUCAUGGUUAUUCUUUAGUAGCACCCUUCGUGUUAACAUACAGUGGGAUAGUGUUAACUUCUAGCAACCUCUCACCAACCUCCCCACCCACCUCCACCCCUCUGCUGUAUAUUCUCACACGGCUGGGUCGCUCCACCCCCUAAGUGGUAAGGCCCCUACUGGCAGGCCCCUGCCCAUUCAUCACCCACUGUACCUUGGCAUAGAGUGGGGGCUGCCUGGGGCUCCAGAUGCCAGAGACGACCUGGUCCUAACGACCUAACGGUAAACAACCAGAAGAAUACAGAACACAGGAGUAGCCAUGGCGACAGCAGCACAGUACCCUGUACAGGAAUUUUACCCCCCUCCCUCCUCCUCCCACUUCGGUUCGCCCCAGACCCUUAGGGCACCACGAUGACGAGAACCUGGGUGUAAUUUGAUAUAACUCCCCAUCUACUCCUAUUGGUUUCUCUGGUCAUAGUUGUUGUUGAGAGGGGUUCCAUUGAACAGAGAUGCUUGUUCAGAUUCAGAACACUUAGGGGGGUCCCAGUUUUAACUGGUUGUAACUGCAUCUCCUGACAGCGAGCAGGUUUUUUUUAUUUUUAGAAGGGUACAAGGGGGUCAGUGGUACAUAGGUGAUGGGUUGAUAUUCAAUGGUAGCCCCAAUAUGCAUGCCUGGUGAAAGGACCCUCAUUGUGUGUUUAGAGUACAGCAGAAGAUUAGUAUUUCUUCCUUCCUCUCUCCUCCUUAUCACCCUCUCCCUCUGUCCCCCUCUAUCCCCCUCUCUUCCCCACCCUCAAUUGCCCUCUCACCCACCCCCAUCCUCAAAUAAAAUAAAAUUGGUCACAUACACAUAUUUAGCAGAUGUUAUUGCGGGUGUAGUGAAAUGCUUGUGUUCCUAGCUCCAACAGUGCAGUAAUAUCUAACAAUUAACAGCAAUACACACACAUCUAAAAGUAAAAGAAAAGUACUCUCCCUCUCUCUCCUUCUCUCCAUCCCUCCCUCCCUUUCUCAGGGAUGAAGGGUUUUGUUUGUGAGCUCAGGGAUGGCCUGGACUGGCACAGACUGGUUCAGGGUGGACUAAGGAGGUACUCUCCCUCUCUGUCUCCCUCCCUCUGUAAGUUUUAUGAGGGAGGUGACAGAUUAGGGUGUCCAGACAGUAGCUUUCACUGCCCCAUUCCCCUCAACAAAAGCAGAUGGAAGAGAGAGAGCGUGAAAGAGAGAGAGCGAGACAGAGAGAGAAAGGGAGAGAGAGGGGGAGAGAGAGGGAGACAGAGCAAGAGGGAGGGGGUAUCUCAGGGUUUCUCGUCCAGGAAAAACACACAUUAAAGUAUCGUGUCAGCUUCAUGUGAAUGUAUUUCACAUCCAUUAGACACGCACAUUAAACCCCAGUGAUGCAUAGAGCUGUGUGUAUACAGUCACUUUUUUAAAUCCCAUACUUUGUGAACAUCCACUGUUGUGGUUGGAUUGUGUUGAUAAUGUAUAUUUUAUAUUUGUUCACACCUUUUGCUUACUUGCUGAUAAAAAACUAACGUUUUUUAUUUGACAUUUGCAAUAUAUCCCCAAUGCCUAUAAAUGAAAGCUUUCUAUACAAUAUCCUUCUAUAACUGUACCACAUCUCUCUCGCUCUCUCUCUCCCGCUCUCUCUCUCUGUCUCUCUCUGUCCUUCUCUCUCUCUCUCUCUCACACACACACACACACACACACACACACUACUUCAUUCUCUGAUUCUUUCACUAUCUUGUUACUCCUUUCCCUCCUCUCCCUUAUCCCGCUCUCUCCCCUCCCUGGUGUGUGUGUGUUUGUGUGUGUCUCAGGCGCUCUCCAGGCCACCCGUGCCCUGAUGAUCGUUGGCAUCAUUGUAUCCAUCGCUGGGCUGGGCGUGGCCACCAUGGGCAUGAAGUGUACCACCUGCGGAGGGAACAACAAAGUGCGCAAGUCUCGCACCGCCAUGACUGGAGGCAUCAUCCUACUGGUUGGAGGUGAGAGAGAGAGAGAGAGAGAGAGAGAGAGAGAGAUAAGAGAGAGAGAGAUAGAGAGCGAAGAGAGAGAGUAGCGAUAGAGUCAUAUAGAGAGAAGAGAUAGAAUAGGUGGAUAUAGCUAGUAUCUCUGAUCUUCUGCUCAUCUCUCUCGCUCUCUCUAUAUAUCGCUACUCUUACUCCUCUCUCUCUCUCUCUUCUCUCUCUCUACUCUCUCUACUCUCCCCGCUCUUCUCUUCUCUAUUCACCUCUCUCUCCUCUCUCCUCUCGCUCUCUCUCUCUCUCUCACUCCUCCCAUCCCCCCCCAACCUAUUUAUUUUCUUAGGGUACAGAGUUUUCCCUACAUGAUUAAAUGACUUGGUCAUGAAAAUCUCAGGGCCCUACUUUUGUAACAUUCUUUCUAUGCUGGUCUAAGCUGGUCUCUCACUCAUCUAAACCUGGCGAAGACCUUCGGGUCGAAACGUUGCACAAUAAAAGUCACACUCAUCUACCCAGGUUCCCCUGGAGAUCACAGAGGGAGAGAAUGGGCACGUUUUACUGACUGUGGCUAUUAAUUACUCGGACACUAUUCCCUAUUUAGUGCACUACUUUUCACUUGUCAAAUGUCGCUGGUCAAAUGUAGGGCACUAUAUAGGGAAUAGGGUGUCAUUUGGGACGCAGAUUGUUACUGUUAUAUAAGAGGUCAUUAGAAACUCUCAUAGAUCGAUGCCAGUAAAAAGCGAAUGGGUCUCAGAGUAGACUAAAUGUGUAUGUUUUAUUGUCAAAUAUACCGGAUAGGUGCAGUGAAAUGUGUUGUUUUACAUUUUAGUAGACGCUUUUAUCGAGAGCGACUUACAGGAGCAAUUAGGGUUAAGUGCCUUGCUCAAGGGCACAUUGACAGGUUUUUCGCCUAGUCAUCUCAGGGAUUUGAACCAGCUACCUUUCGGUUAUUGGCCCAAUGCUCGGGAACCACUAGGCUACCUGUCAUUUUACAGGGUCUAAAGUUUCUCAGAGUAGGAGUGCUGAUCUAGGAUCAGUUUUGCCUUUUAGAUAAUAAUGAAUGGACCGGGGGGACCUGAUCUUAGAUCACUUGAAGACUCUUAUAGGACAAUGGCAGUAUGGUCGGUGGGGGAGGGGUGACUUAAUAGCUAGCCGCCCAAUGACUUCAUGAUAAGUGUUUGGCUCCCCUCUCUCAAAUACCUAUUGAUGAUGCCUGGAUGGUACUGAUCUGCCAUUGUCUUACGUCAGAUAGCGCUUCAAUUCCGCCUGCACUGAUCUGUCUCGUAUCUCGCAAAGGGUAAUGGGAUAGCUUGAAAGUAGUCCGGCUACAAUGGGCUAUCAUAACAUUCAAAAAUAGUACUUAGGGGACAUCGUCUACCGAACCCCAUUUAUACCUCAAAACCUUCUCAAUUAAUCUAAGCUAAAACAAUAAAUCUGUCAAUAAUAGGGCUGUGGCGGUCAUGACAUUUAGUCAGACGGUGAUUGGUCAAGCAAAUAACUGCUGGUCUCAUGGUAAUUGACUGUAAUUAACAUAAACACCUUUAGCAUCUCCUGGCUUCCACACAUAGCCUCCAAGCCACUGAUGCAGACCUUUGGAACGUCUACAUUUUAAAAAGUAUAAUACAUCCAUUUAAUAUAGCCUACACCAUCACAAUAAAUCCAUUAUUUAUUUUAGACAGGUCUAAAGAAACAUGAUAUGAAGAAAAUGUAGUCUAUUUCAGAUGAACAGAAUAGCAUGCUCUGACAUUAUGUUAGGCCCUGAUCUGGCUAUGCCAUAUGGCUGUGGGCUACACUAGUUCAUUUAGCAGACAAGACUUGCUUAGAAUUCCGUGGCAUUAUUUUAUAGUAUGAAGAAUACAAUUGAACAUAGCUGAAUAAAAUAGAAAGGAUACUUUCUCCAAAUGAUUUCAGAGGGAGUGCGCACAUGUGGCUAUUCUGUGUUGAGCGGUUAACAAAGAAACAGGUCCUCCUAUAUGCUUAAUUUAGAGUUAUUUAUGCAACUUUAAUUGUGAUAUAAACGUUGGGCUAUGUUUUGCAUGCAUGAUGCGACUCUAAUGAUGAUUCGAAAAAAGUAUCAUGAAAGGUGUGAGCUCUGCUUUGUUUCUUGCGCAGGCUGCACACACUUCAUCAGUCUCUCAUUCACAAUUUGACAAGCACUUGAUAAUAUUCUCACCAGGCCUCAAAUUUCCUGGCGGCAUCCUCCUUGUGUGGCCGUUGUGCCCUUGGGCUGAAUAUAAUAAUUAUAAUUCCCUUCUCCUGGCUGCCAAUCGCUGUGCUCCAAAGCACCUCUCACUCACAUGGCUCUCUCAGAUAUCUCAAUUCUUAUCAGCCAAUGCCCGUCACGUGAUCGGGUCCUUCUCACAGGCAUCUUAGCUCCGAAGUAGGCUAGAAGUGGAUACAGACACAUCGGGGACGUAACUGCGCGUGUCCUUCUUAUCGCAUUCCGAGGCGCAUAUUGAAGAUGUUAGAAGAACUGUCUACAUUUACUUUUCAUCAGCCAACAAGAUGAGUAGGCCUAACGAACAGCAAAAGCACUAGCCUAUGUCAAUCUACUAUCCCCCAUAGUACAAACGUUGACCUAUUCUAUUCUGUGCAAGAAAUAAAUAUUCCAAACAUCGUCUGGGACAGUUGUGGGAUGCGAUAGAGGCCAAAUUAAUACAACCACUCGCAUCAAAAAACCUUUUGAUGCAACAGAUCAGAACAUUGAGUUAAAAAAUGUUGAUAAACUAUUAGGCUAUUUCUUCAUAUUAUAAUCGCAGCAAUGCGCACACGGCAGUAGGCUAUAAGUGCGAAUGUUUCAAAAUGCAAUCAAUUAGCGGGAAAACACAAUUCUCAAAAGUGACCGCAAAUGCGAUUAUGCAUGGGCCUUUAUCAUACACCUGUCUCGGAACAGGGCAGGGUAAAAAAUACAUGUCAUCUAUGCACUUAAAUAGCAAAAGGUGGACGCUUUUCCCAUGGUUCAUUUUCAUGCCAGCCAGGUAGUCUAUACUCCUGUUGUAAAGAGAAGCAAUGUGCUUAAUAUAAGGAAAGUUGAGAAAUAAAUAUAGUAGGCCUAGCCUAUAGAAAGCUGAUGGGAUCCUCCUCUUUUUAAUAGAGCCCAUCAAAACUCUGUUUUCUCACGCAAUUGCAUAGCCUAUAGAAAUGUUGCACAACAUGAGUACUCAUGAAGUGUUUUAAUUAGAUUUUCGAAGACAUUUGCAUUGAUGUCAGAGAGAUUAGAGGGACAAUAGAGUGCUGAGUACCAGGCAGUUAGCAAGUUUGGUAGGCUACUAAUGACCAUCAGCAGCAUCAGAGCUUGGAGAAGCCAAGUUACCGUGAGUAAACGGUCAAGUGGAAUUUAACUGCGGUCAUGACAGCCGGUGUGGCGGUAAUAUGGCCACCGUAACAGCCCUAGUCAAUAAUUUGGAAGUUUUUUGGUGAGGAAGUCUUAGUUGCACCAUUUUACAUCUAUCAAAGGUGUUUUGUGCUUUAACAAGCAGUAUUUCUGAAGAAUGACAAUGUGCACGAAAUCUAGCUUAGAUUUGUCCAACAUUAACUUGCUAGCUGAGCCAGUCACUUCAUAUAAAAGGAAUAAUGGGAUGCUGCUAAUCAACCAGCUACCUUGUGCUGCACACACAAUGCUGAAUGCUUCCACCAAAAGCUAGCUGUUUUCAUGAAGCAGAUGCGCUGCCUGUUCUGCAGCAAGUCUGUGCCCCGAAUCAGAUAACAUUCCCUCUUACUUUUGGGGCAGCAUGUCUACAACUUGAGGGUAAUUAAACAAGCCAAUCAAUCUGUUUAUGUCAGUAAGGUAGAGCUAGCUAGGUAGCUACACUACCGGUCAAAAGUUUUAGAACAGCUACUCAUUCAAGGUUUUUUCUUAAUUUUUUACUAUUUUCUACAUUGUACAAUAAUAAUGAAGACAUCAAAACUAUGAAAUAACACAUAGAAUCAUGUAGUAACCAAAAAAGUGUUAAACAAAUAUAUUUUAUAUUUGAGAUUCUUCAAAUAGCCACCCUUUGCCUUGAUGACAGCUUUGCACACUCUUGGCAUUCUCUCAACCAGAUUCAUGAGGUAGUCACCUGGAAUGCAUUUCAAUUAACAGGUGUGCCUUCUUAAACAUUAAUUUGUGGAAUUUCUUUCCUUCUUAAUGCAUUUGAGCCAAUCAGUUGUGUUGUGACAAGGUAGGGGGGGGUAUACAGAAGAUAACCCUAUUUGGUAAAAGUAACUUUUGACCAGUAGUGUAUGUCAGUAAGCUAGCUACAAGUUAGCUAACGUUAAGCAGCUGAUCAAGUCACUUGCGGCGGACGUGCUUGCACUGUCACGGAUCCCCCCGGUACUGCUGCUCAUUCUGAUCUGGUUCACUACCACCAACCCCGGACUGUCUUGUCUCAUUACGCACACCUGGUUCCCAUUCCCCCUGAUUAUUAUGUGUAUCUAUGUGCCCUCUGUUCCCCAUUGUCCUUGUCGAUUAUUGUCCUAUGUCCGUUGGUCUCGUGAGUACCGUGUAUUGUGCUCUUGUUAUUACGGGUGUCGUCCCGUGUAUUGUUUAGAGGUUUACACCUCGCUCUUUUGUUUGUGUUACAUCCACGUGUUAUAUAUAUAUCUCCCAAUUGCAAAUGAUUAAAUCACUGUCACAACGUGUGAUAAUGCACAUAAUUUUUGCAGGAGGUAGCCACCAUUUUGUUUUUAUUUUCUCCCAAUUGCAAAUGAUGAAAUCACUGUCACAACGUGUGAUAAUUUAGCUAGCUAUUCUGCCUAUUUCAUAGAGGAUCAAUGAAAGCGCAGUGAUAUCAUAAAUUAGGAACAAUGUUUUCAUAUUUGAAUGGCGGAUGCUCUGGAAUAUUAAAAUGUUAAUAUGAGUUCCACGUCCUACAAGACCGAUCGGUUGAGGGACGAGCGUCGCUUAGGAGUGACACCAUCUGACGUAAGACAAUGCUGAUCCGUUUGAUCCAUCUUUUGUUGUACGUGUCUGUUUUUUUCUUUCUCAUUCAGCUCUGUGUGCAGUGGUGGCCUGUUCGUGGUUCGCACACAAUGUCAUCCGGGCCUUCUAUAACCCUUAUACUCCUGUUAACACCAAGUAAGUAUCCCUGCCUUGGCUGGCCACACAAUUCCAGAAUAUUUUUUUACGGUUACAUUAACCUGUUAGCGCCCUUUUACUGCAGUAAAAGUGUAGUAACUGCAGUCGACUGUGGUAUUUUGGACACAGUAAUUGCAGAAUAACUGCAGUGUACUGCAGUUGAAAUGCAGUUAUACUGCACUGUAACUGCAGUUACACUGCAAAAUUACUGUAGUAAAAAAAACGGUGUUAUUUUGGAUGCAGUAUUUGCAGCAUAUUGCACAGUAGUUAUACAGUACUGCAGUUAUACUGCACUCUGACUGCAAUCUUUUUUCGUAAGGACGAUAAUGGACAAAAUUAUGUUUCAUUAUCUGUAAGGCUGCUCUAAAGAACACUUCUCUAAAACCAUGUCUCACUCUUCUCUCCCUCUCCCCACUCACAGGUUUGAGUUUGGAGCAGCCAUCUUUAUCGCCUGGGGAGGUUCUUUCCUGGACGUGCUGGGGGGAGCCAUGCUGGCAUCUUCCUGUCCCAGGAGUAAAAAGCCGGUGCCCAAAUACCCUGCCAUGAGCGGCGUGAGCGCCCGCUCACCCCCCAGCAGCACCAAGGAGUAUGUGUGAGUGCCCUCUACUGCCGAUAACCGGAAUAACAGAAGAUUGAAUAUGAAGGAGUUUGUACAUGGAGUCGAACAUGACUAGUCUGUUGUACUUAUGGGGCGAAAUUUUCGUGGUGCAAAAGAACACAGAUAUGUAUAGAAAUACUGUAAACUUCAUUAUCUUCUGGCAUCGUCAUUUAAUCUGAAACGUUUCUUCCAACAAUGUGUGUUAAGGAGGCGGUUAUUUAACAACAGUUUAGUAAACUGAGCAAUGCAUAAAGAGUCAAGCAUGAGUUUCAAAUUAAAUUACGCUGCCAGAUUAUAAUGAGGUUUACGGUAUUUUUUUGCACAGAUCUGUGCUCUUUUGGACAACGUAAAUGUCGCCCAUGAAGUUUGCAUUUGGGGGGCAUAUCGGGAUUGUAUGACAGAAUGACAAAGAUAGAAAGAAUUACUGGAUGUGAAUAUAGUAUUACAGAG